AUGGAUAACUUCCCUGCUUCAGUCCUUCAAGGAAUCUCAUGGGAGUUUAUCUGUCGACCUCUGGUCAAGGUCUAUCCCCAGCAGUCUUCGGAUUCUUCGGAGCACCGCUACUGUUGGGGGACCCGGGGGUCUAUUCGCUCGUACCUGUUCACUACCAGCUCAUUCCCUCCUGAAACCGCUCAAGCACUCAAGCGAUCAACUGCUCCCUUUACUCUAUUUAUUGCCACCCAUUCGCUUAGGAGGUUAGACAAUGCCCCAGGGGGUCACGAUUCCUACUUCGCCUUUCUGUCAUAUAGGCUGGCUGGCUCCUUCGAUUAG